UUGUGUGAUUUAUAUUGUUUUGGUUUAUAUAUUUGUAUAUUAAGAUGGAUGAUAAAUUAGUCAAAAUGUCGAAAUCAAAAGUGUUUUGUUGCGUUUAUGGAUGCAAUAGUUGUGCCAAAAGGGAGAUGGUAUCCUUUCAUUUUUUUCCCAAACAUAAUAGUUUUAAAAUACGAAUAACAAACAAAAAUGGCAUCGUUGAAAAAGUGGACGUGAGAAAGAUUUGGGAGAAGAAUUUGAGGUGCGGAAAGAAAAUAACAAAUUCUAUGAGAGUUUGUUCAAAACAUUUUGAAGAAUCAGAUUUUUAUCCACGUGCAAAGAAUUCCAGACGCCAAAGAUUGAAGAAGAAUGCUGUACCAACAAAAAACCUUCCUGAGGGUUCUCAUGAUACCACUAAGAAGAAAGAAAGACGAAAUAUUUCCAAAUAUGAAUCUGCACAGCCAAUUGUAAGUAUAUGCUUCAGACUUGAAUUGUAA